GUCAUAUCCAAGAUGGCGGCACAGAUUCUCACGGUGUGGAGGAAAAGAUUGGCAUUCCUCGUACCCACGAGACGGCGGCAUCUUCGUCAUCGUCAUCAGCAACGGCGCUUCCUGGCGGGAGCGGGCGAAACGUGGCGGCGUCGCGUGCAGCUGGAGGGUGACGCAGCAUGCGGCGCCAUGCAGUAAUGGAGUCAUCCAUCAGCAGGCCCCAAUGAAGAGAUUUUGACAAGCCAGCUGAGGCCCUGGCGACCAGACACCCGCUUGCUGUUUUGUUCUCAAGUCCACGAGUCCCAGGAGUGUGUAAGCGUGCGUGUGUUUUGAGUGCAACCGCUGUAAAGUGCGACUGUGUUCCUGUCAGACGUCCCCGUCCUUCAUCUGCUGUGUGAGGGCAGUGAGCCAUGUGCCCCAGGUUGCCAAGGAGACAGCACAGGCACAGCCGUGGUCACGCCGAGCAAAGCGGCGCUGUGGACGGACAGCCGCUACUGGGUCCAAGCGGAGAGACAGAUGGACUGCAACUGGGAGCUGCAAAGAGACGGCGGGCGUCGUGCGUGCGUGGUUCCGCAGCGUCGGUCAGCAGCGUGGCGGAGUGGCUCAUCUCGGAGGUCCCGCGCGGCGGCCGCAUCGGCUUCGAUCCGUUCCUCUUCUCCCUCAAGACGCAGGAAGACUACGGAAUGAGUCUGGAGUCCAGCAAUCGGAGCCUCGAGUCGAUGCCUGGCAACCUGGUGGACCAAGUGUGGAAAGAGAGACCGCCCGUCCGGCCCGACGGCCUCAUCCGCCUGCCGGACAGAGUCAUACAAAGGUCGUGGCAGAUGAAAGUGGAGCAAAUCCGGAAUCAGAUGAAGGCCAAUCCGUACGAGCCCACCGCGCUACUGCUCUCGGCGCUCGAUGAAACGGCCUGGCUGUUUAAUAUGCGCGGCAACGACAUCCCGUACAACCCUUUCUUCUACUCGUACACGCUGCUGACCGUGGACAAGAUCUGGCUGUUUGUGCACACGGAAAGAGUGACGGAGGAGCUGAGGGCGUACCUGAACGCGUCGUGCGGCGGCCCGCUGUGCGUGCGGCUGCAAAGCUACGACGCCGUCGCGGUCGGCCUCGAGGCGUACGUGAACGGCCGGCCGGGGGCCAAAGUGUGGAUCGGCACCGAGUACACCAACUACGCUCUUUACGAGGUCAUCAAAUCCCAGGACAAACUCACGGCCACCUCCUAUUCUCCCGUGUUGACCACCAAAGCUGUGAAAGAUGACACUGAGCAACGCAUCUUGAGGGACGCCCACGUGAGAGACGCAGCGGCGGUCAUGCAGCUUCUCGUGCGGUUGGAGACGGCGGCGCCGGACGGGAAGGAGACGGAGCUGAGCGCCUCCGCCUACGUCGACCGCUGCCGCAGCAAACAGAAGGACAACAAGGGCCCGAGUUUUGAGACCAUAUCCGCAAGUGGGCCCAAUGCUGCGCUGGCACAUUACAGCCCAACAAGAGAAAGCAACAGGAUGCUGACGGUGGACGAGAUGUACCUUGUGGACUCUGGCGGCCAGUACCUCGACGGGACCACCGACAUCACGAGGACAGUCCACUGGGGGACCCCCACCGCCAUGCAAAAGGAGGCCUUCACCAGAGUGCUUAUGGGAAAUAUUGAAAUAUCUCGAACCGUAUUUCCAUCAGGGACCAGAGGUGUGAACAUGGAGAUGCUGGGCCGCAGAGCAUUGUGGGAAGUGGGCCUCAACUACGGCCACGGCACGGGACACGGCCUUGGCAAUUAUUUCGGGGUCCAUGAGUGGCCAGUUGGUUUUCAGGGUAACAACAUUCCCUUUCGAGAAGGCAUGUUCACAUCUAUAGAACCCGGUUAUUACAAGGAGAACGACUUUGGGAUCCGCAUCGAAGACGUCGCAGUGGUUGUGCCCGCUCAUACAAAGUAUGGUCAUAACUACUUGACGUUUGAGACGGUGUCCUUGGUUCCGUACGACAGGAAGUUGAUUGACACCUCUCUUCUGAGCCCAGUCCAGCUGCAGUGGUUGAACAAAUACUACGAGACCAUUCGUAGGCUGAUGGGUCCCGAGCUGGACCGCCAAGGCCUCCACGAGGAGAAACGCUGGAUGCUGAAAAACACGGAACCUUUUGGACAGUCCGGAUCCUCUUCAUCCAGCCCCUCCUCUUCGCUCACCCUCUUCCCUUUGGUUGUGGCGCUGUUCAAUUUUGCACUCUAAAUGUUACGGCGAUGCAUAGGUUGUAUAUCAAGGGGAGAGCGCCACUGAAAUUUGUGCACUGACCUUUUUGUUCAAGUUUGAAAAUGAUCUUAUGUAUAAAUUAGAUGUAAUCAAACUGCUCAACUUAUUUAUUGGAUUUGUUGUCAUGUUUGAAGUAAAUGUAUGACCAGGUAAUUUGGCCCCUUACAUUAAUUAACUCUAAUGAAAAACUUGGUUUUUUUUGACCGACGACAAAAAGCAUACGUUAUUUGUACCCUGCUACAUUGUGUUUAUUUGAAACGGCAGAUCCUUCAAUUAAACUAGAAUGUGAUUCACUUGCAA